AUGGUUCUGGCAGAAGAUAGGUCCGAUCAACGACAUAACUGGUGGAGCUCUUUCAAGUCGCUUUGGACGAGUAACGAAUUGACUCCAAGCGCGGACGACGAGGGUGCUCCUAGAGAAGCACGAUUCGCCAAGGAUGAAGCGAAAGGUGGAAGUGACGAAGGAGGGGAGGCGGGAGAGGGGGAGGAGGCGGAGGAUGAAGGGGACGGGGAGGAGGGAGAGGAAGGGCGGAUUGGGGAGGAGGAAUACGCAGGUGAGGAAGAAGAAGGGGGAACCGGGGAGGCGGGGGGCGACUCGGAAGGGGAGUGGGACGAGGGAGGGGAGAGCGAUGACGAGGGGGAGUGGGACGAGGAAGAGGAGGGUGACGAGGAGGGGGAGUGGGAUACGGAUGCGCUUGGAGGAAUGAGCGCGGAGGAGCUAGAUGGGCUCUGGCGGGCGGGGGACGACGCGGCGGAAGGGGAAGGGGAAGGAGAAUGGGAAAGGGAGGGGGAGGGGGAAGGAGGAAAGGACCGGGACCCAGAAUGGGGCACGCGGAGGGGGGAUGAGUGGGACAUUGGCGCGCAGGGCUGGGCGCGGCCGGAAGAAGCGGAUGACGUGGCGGAAACGGCGGAAUCGGAGGAAGCCGAGGCGGAAGGCAGCGCGCGCAGGGAGGGGAGCGGAGAGCGUCGGAAGGACAGAUCUGGAUCCGAUGUUGGGCCAGCAGGUGGUGCAAGAGGUUCGGCAGCCGCCUCGGCAGCAGGUUCGGCAGCAGGCUCGCCGCGGGGCAUCGACUAUGUGUUCCCGUCCUUCACCCCUUCCUGCUCCUCUGGCCCGUUCGUCUCCAUGCUCUUCAUUCCCCUCAAGCCCUCCUGCCCCAGUCCGCCCAACACAAGACAACUCACUGUAAUCACGUGA